AUGAAUCAAAUAUUUAAAAGAACUACAACUACAACUAUACAAUGUUUAUCAUCAUGUAAUACACAUCAAUCAUCCAAUAUAAACAUUUCAAAAACAACAUUACUUUUCAACAAACCAACUACUUUUACUUCCUCUACUACAAGAAAUAUAUCAUUUUUAAAAUUUUUAAAUCCAUUCAACUAUUAUAACAAAGAUGAUAAUGUAAAUACAUCACAAAAGAAAAGAAUUCAAUAUGAAUUAAAAGAAGGUAUAUCGUGGGACUAUAAAGAGAUUCUAAAUAAUCCCAAUAUGAAGUUGUUCUAUGGUACACCACGGGCCAUCCCACUUGUGCAAUCACAUGAUUGCCCGAAAUUUCAAGCAGUCGAUCUCUAUGGCAAGACAGUCGAUUAUCCCGAGGCAUUGCCAUCGGACGGUAAACCAAUGUUGAUGUGUGUCACUUUGAAACCAUAUUUUGGACAACACUUUGUCGACAGUUGGACGGAACCUUGGAAGAAUCGUUAUCCUCAUCUUCCAGUACACCAUGUCGUACUCUACUAUCAAAAUGCCUACAAAUUCCUUGGUUCCUUUAUAAAGGGGUCGAGAAGAACCAAACAACAACAAUCGGGUGUACUCGAGUAUUGGAGUCACCAACCUAUCAACUUUUUAAAAGAUGUAAACAAUAUUCACGAUACUUUGACCAUUUCAAAUCCUCUUGGCGCAUACACCUAUCUCAUUGUUGAUGGUAAAAUUAGAUGGAAAGCUUCUGGAAAAUCAACUCCUGAAGAAUUGGAUCAUUUAUUUAAAAUUACUCAAAAUUUAAUUGAUACAAAACAAAAAGAAAAAGAAAAGGAAAAAGAGAAAUAA